AUGGUGCCGUCUGAUGCACCAAAUGAUUUGCAGUAUUCAGCUUCGGUCAUAAUUGAUAAAACAUCUUCCACGUCCCAGAAUAAUCGUAGUGUAUUGAAGACUUUGAUUCGGAAAACCACAGAUCUGGCUCAGGGCGCAAAUCACAUGUACAACGGGGGUCCAAACAACGAGUAUGAUCAAUCUGUCGGACCACUAACCCAUUCUCAUUCCUUUGAUGAUCUUUUUGCCUACAUGAGGACACGUAAUAUAUCACUGAACAAAAGAUUAAGGGAUUUAUGCCAAUCGUUACAUAGAGAUGGGAUACAGAUGAGGAAGGUAACUAGAAGGAAGCGGGUCUUGUACACAUUCAAAAUAGAUAGCGAUUGUUCCAAAUUACUAUGGAAAGCGGAAAGUAAAUCGCUACUAUUGGAUUCGAUAAAGGAUAUUCGAAUAGGAGAAAUGGCAAGUAAUUAUAGAGAGGAGUACAGCAUCGGUAAUGAGUAUACAGAUUUGUGGAUCACUAUAAUAUACACUGUAAACAACGACAAGUUGAAGGCAUUGCAUGUCAUAGCAAAAAAUAAACAGGAUUUCGAUACUUUCUUCAAGUGCGUCUGUGGUAUCGUCCGUCUGAGGAAGGAUUUAAUGGAAGGCAUGUUAUUGCCUUCAAACUCACAAUUUGCAAGUAUUCACUGGCACAGCACAGUAUCAAAUAAAAAUGAGGAUGAAACAAAGGACACGCUGACCUUUUGUGAUGUGAAAAGGUUAUGUGAUAUGUUUCACAUUUACUGUUCUUCUUCACAUCUCAAAAAGAUAUUUGAGAUAGCAGAUAUGAAUCAAAACAGGUUAUUAAACUUCACGGAGUUUCAGCUCUUUGUGAAGUUACUGAAAGAACGAAAGGAAAUUCACCUCAUCUGGCUCAAAUUAACGGACUCUAAGGAGUAUAUGGAUUUACAAAUGUUUAGACGCUUUUUUGUUGAAACUCAGGGAGAACCCGCAUCAAGUGAGAACUCUGUUGUGCGAGAAUUUAAUAAGUACUCCACCGAAGGUCACAUGAAUGAAGAACAAUUUACCAAGUUUCUAACUGCCCAGGAGCAUUUGAAUGAUAUACGGACGAUAACGGAUUUAACUAAGCCGUUAAAUCAUUACUUUAUUGCUUCGUCCCAUAAUACAUACUUGCUUGGGAAACAGAUAGGAGAAACUCCUUCCGUUGAGGGGUAUGUUCAUGUAUUACAACAGGGAUGUCGAUGUAUUGAGAUUGAUAUAUGGGACGGAGAAUCUGGUCCGGUUGUUUGUCAUGGAGCCUUAACUGCAUCUAUUUCGUUAAAAAACGUCGUCGAAGUUAUUAAAAAAUAUGCAUUCAUUACAUCUCCAUACCCAUUAGUCAUAUCGCUAGAGAUAAACUGCAGUCAGUGUUCCCAAAAUGCUGCCAGUAGCAUUAUAAAAGAGACGUUGGGUGAUUUUCUUUAUAGAGGGGACGAUAAAAACGAUAAUUUACCAUCUCCACUAGCUUUAAAGCACAAAAUCAUUAUGAAGGUGAAAAAACCGAAAAAGGUCAGCUUUCAGUAUAGUGGUCAAAAUUCCUCAUCUUCAAAGGCAAAUUUAUCUUCAUCCUCAUCUCAGUAUGACUUUGCCACGUAUUCACUUAAUUCAUCGAACGACUCGGAAGUGGAUGUUAAGGUUUUUGCGGGCAAGAACCCUAAAUGCACCCCUACUACAAAGAGGCAGAUCAGCAGUGACGAUCUUGUUUCCACAAGGUCGGAUCUGGUGAGUGGUUCUGCUUCUACAAUAACAAGAAUAAAAAGAAUUGGUUUGAAAAAAAGAGUUGAAACUACAGAUGAUAUGUUUGAAAUAUCAGGUAUGCACGGUAUCAAAUUUAGAAAUUUUUCUCUUCCCGAAUCGAAGACAUUAAUGCAUUGCUUUUCCUUGAAUGAAAAACAGCUUAGUUCAAUGAUGAAAGACGUUCCAAUGAGGCUUUCUGUUGAUAAGCAUAACAGAAGAUAUCUAAUGAGAGUAUAUCCUCAUGCACUCAGAUACAAGUCGUCAAACUUUAAUCCAAUAAACUUCUGGAAAAUGGGUGUGCAAAUGGUUGCUACUAAUUGGCAAACAAACGACCUUGGUCAACAAAUUAUUUUGGCGAUGUUUCAACUAAUGAAUCCAAAAAAUGAGCAUCUGCAUUCAGGUUAUAUUUUGAAGCCAAAAAUGUUGUUAAACAGAGUUUGUAAGGCAAGGGAUAUACCGGUUCUUUAUAGAUCUCUGAAAGAACGCGCACCUCGUCAAUACAAAAUCAAAAUUAGUAUUAUAUCAGCUCAGUUACUUCCUCGCUUGAAAAGCGAUUUCAAAACUGAAGCUGGUUUUGGUCCAUCUGUUACCUUAGAUGUUAUUUCUGACGAAGAAUCAUAUUGUCCUUCAAUUUCAAUUUCAGAGAAUGGAACACUUUUGAAUAGCAGAACUGCGGUGACAAAAACCUGUGAGGGCAAUGGAUUCAAUCCAAUAUGGGACAUGGAAGUAAAUUUCAUUUUGAAAGACCUAAAUUUUACCUUCUUACGAUUUGUGAUUAACUCCAACGGUAUGCAGUUAGCAACCAAUUGUAUUAAACUGGAAUACUUGAAAAGAGGAUACAGACAUAUACCUCUGUACAAUUCCAGAGGUGAGCAGUAUAUUUUUUCGACACUGUUCAUUUAUUCUUCUAUCGACACUAACGACUAA